GAAGCUUACCGCCAGUGCCUCUUCUUCUUUUUCAAGAAGGAGUCCCUUGUCCAGCUGCCAGCGGAUACGAAGCCGAAGUGGUUUGAGGCGGUGAGGCCGUUGAUCAAGAACCAGCUCGCGACCGCGCAUGCCCACGCCCUGUCUCCCGCGGCCCUGCAAGAUAUCAUCAAGGGGACGAUGCCGAGGACUACAGAGCCGACUGCACCGUGCCCCGAGUCGGCUGACAGCCAGGUAAAAGCAUCCAUCUUGGAGGAGCACCGCCGUGUCCUGGCCAUGACCGAUACGAGUGCCGCCAUCAAAGCAUGGUCAGAUGAUAACAUGGACAUUCCGCUGGUGAUGGCGCCAGAUUUCGGCGCUGCCAUGAGGGAUGCGUUCGCGUACAUGAAGAAGAGGGGCGACGGCGACGGCCCGCUGGAGAACCUUCACUUCGCCAUGGCUUGCGCAGAGGGGCUGCGGAAGAUCAGGCCCGGGACCGAGGACUACGAGAAGGAGUGCGUGGCUGCGUCGGCCCUGAUGGCAGAUCAGAAGACUACCGGCUGCGACAAGCAGGCGGCGGGGCCGAAAGAGGUGUGUGACAUUUGGGCUUGCCAGAGUCAGGCGUUUGCAUACUGCACCGUGCGUGCGGACAUCGCGCUGUCCAUCCUCCGCACGAUUGUCGUCCCUAAGUUUCUAUCGCCAGGGCGGGAUACCGCCUCUGCGAAGGCCGCCUUCACGUCCCUCUCAGCUGCGAUCAAUGCCAUGACCGAGGCACGCGACAAGAUUGCCGCCGUCGACAUCAACAUGAAGCUGAAUGCUGGAGCCGAUACUGCCAUCAAUUGGGUGCAGUUCUGGACUCGGUGCUUGGCGGCUGCGUCGGCUGACAACGGGCCCACAGAGCUUCGCAAGAUGCUCGACGGCGAGAUCACCUCCAUCGCUACGAGGUUCGACCAUCGCGUGAAGGCGGAGGUGGAUCGACUGGCCGCCGAGCAGCAGAAGGAGACGGGCACUGGCGGCGAUGACGCAGCCCAGCAGGCGGUCAACACCGAGGGCCUGGCAAACAUCGCGCACUCAUUCGAGGAGCAGGGCAAGCAGUACAUGAGCUUGUCCACAGAGGUGAGCGAGGAGAGCUUCGAGAUCCCCGCAGCCGUUCGAUGCGACGUCAUGCAGAUGAUUAUGUGCAGGAUCAACAGCAAGGUCACCGAACACGCCAUGCAGAAAGGCAGUUUGAAAGCCGACAAGGGCAUGUCUGAGUUGCUCUACGACCGGAGCGGAGCGAGGAGGACACUCUGGUGCCGUGGCAUGGCCACGGACGGCAUCAGGAUCGGCUUCACAGGACACGUGACCAUGGUUCCUACCGUGGGCUGCUUCGAGCUCGGCGAGGUCGACCACGUCAAGGUCUACCUGAAGACCAACCUCCCGAAGAGCGGACCCAUCAUCGGCCACUUCUGCCCCGCGUGGCUCGUGCAGCCCGUGACCAUCAACGCCGAUACGGGCGAGGCGGCCCGGCAGGCGAAGAUGAAUCUCUUGUUCGAUGAAGUCGAGUUCGAGUUCAAAUGGAGUGCGACGUUCCUCGGCGCAGAGGAGACGAUGAAUAUCAAGUUGAAGAUCCCAUACCUCGAGCUGGGCGCUGAGUUCAAGAAGCUGGAGCACCCCUUCGAGCUCGAUCGGACCUGGAGCGAUGGCCUCGAGACUUGGAGCCUCGGCGACCGCGAGAAGAAGUACAACCAGGCCAUCGCGGACACGCUGAAGGCCCUCAAGCCCAGUGGAUCUGCGACCGAACCGGUCUCAGAGGAGUGGCGUCGCAUCGCUGACCACAUUUUGUGA